GAAAUGACUGCUAGGCUAAAGUGUCCAGGCUCUUAGCUCCACCCCUUUUCAUUUCUCAGCAAACAAAGUUCCAAUAAGGAAGUGAAAGUGCCCUCGAAGCAGCUGGGCUCUUUGAGCUGGUUUCUUAUUCUCCUAAAGCUGAACUUAAGGUGGUGGGAGUAAAACAAGGAAGCGGACACAACACGGCGGCAUUCACAGGCCACCAACAAGUGAUCCUUUCGGGGGCUGUUUGUGAAACAUUAUCUGAAGGUGCAUCAUGAAUUUGACAAAUUCUUCCAGUAUGGAAGAAAUCCCUUUGGAUGAUGUCAAUAGGAGCAGCACAGAAUACAGAGUGCUUAUGGCUUAUGCGCAGCGUCGACUGUCCGCUAGCAAAUAUGGGCAUCUUUUAGAAAGGGAAGCGAAAGGCCAAGAGGGAUCAUCUCUAGGCAGAGAGAAGAGGCAAGGUAAGGAGAAGGCACAUCAAGGCUCGUCUCCCAAGGACCAAGGACAGCCGACCAGAGACAGGAGCAAGAAGAAGAAGAAGAAGAAGUCCCGUUGCAAGCACUUUCUCUUUCCUUCCUGUCUAAGGGCGCAAGCUAUAGAGGAUUCUGGGACGACGCUCAGAAGGGGUGAUGCUGUAAAUGGGCGUGCACUAAGCCUGCAGGCGGGUGUUGGAAGUUGUUCUGCUUUUUCACUAGAAGAGCAAGGCGAUUCAGACAUCAAUGUUGUGGUAGACAAGCUUGCUGAAAUAGUUGAUAAUUCCACGCCAUUCCCUAAAAGGACAGGAUUCAAAGCACUGGAACAGACUCUGAGCCUAGAAGCAGAUGGUGGGUGUGCCACCAAACCCGAAAAUGAAGAUGAGGUUGAAAAAGAUGAGAAAGAAAAGUUAAUAAAAGAAAUAGUUGCCUUGUUAAGAGCAUCAGGAGAUAAACUGCAGGAAAAGGUUCAAAACGACAGGACUUUCUUUCAGUGUGCCUCGGAACUGAUGUCCUAUGGAUUCUUCAGUAGAGUUGCUGAUCAGUUCCUAGAAGAGAUACCUGCAGACUCUACAGCAGACUCUGAGGUGCAAGCACAAAAAAUCAAAGUUGCUUUUGCUAUUGAAGUCAUAACUAGACUCACUGCUAUAGACAACCAUCCCAUGAACACCAUACUGGGCUUUGGAGCAAAAUACCUCAAGGAAAACUUCAGCCCUUGGAUCCAUAGUCAAGGUGGAUGGGAGAAAGCUUUAGGAUUACAAGACCAAGAAGAAGUAGAAUGAUGAAAGCCUGCGUCCUUCAUGAGACAUCUCUUAAUUUGGAACUGGGAUCGGGGAUGGCUGAAUAAUCACCCCCCCCUUAAAUCAAAAGACUUAGUUGGUUUCAUAUUGGCACUGAUAGUUCAGUGCAUGUGCAAUAAGAACAUGCUGCUUUUGCGAUGCUGGAGUACAUUUUGCAAGUCACAGCAGGUUGUGGCAUUUUUAGUCCUUUGGUUAACAUGCUUCAAUGGCACAUUGUUCGGGUGGAGAAACCUCUCAGUACUUUUGUGCAAGAGACAUCUUUGUAGGUGUAAAUGGAAAGUAAUCACAUAAUAAAACCUAUAUAUAAAAAUGGAGAUCUCAGGAGUAGAAUUGAUGGGUUCCGCAUGGGACAGGGCUCCUGGCUUUUUAAUGGGUGCUUGGAAGACAGAGAUUAGUCAGCUACAGUUUUUUCCAUUGCUGUAGCCCAGACUCACAGAUAAGUCUGUUUACAUUACAUUGUGUAGCAUCACUGAGCCAUACCACUUGAGACCUGGUGGGGUAACAGAAUAAUUGAAAGUUUCCCCCUGUGAAAAUUCCCUUGCAUUCAUUUCCAAUGAACCUCCUUCAUUGGAGGUUAUUAAGCAGAAGUCAGAUGGACUUCUGUCAUGGAUGCUCUAAUUGAGAUCCCUGUAUCGCAGGGGGUUGGACUAGAUGACCCUGGGAGUGACAGGAAUAGCUUGAAGCAGAAUAUGGAGGCAGGACAGCCAGAAAGUAGGUGCCCAGGCAGCAGCAGAAGAAGCAGAGCUUCUCCAAGCUCAAUUACUGUGAUGGUUGUGGUGGCUUUCAUUUUCUUCUCCUACCCCGACAAUCUGAAAAUGAAAAAGGAAGGGCCGGGAUGCAGGAGCCUCUCUAAGGCCAAUACAGCAUCAAUCAAGAGAAACUCCUGCUUAAUGACAGCCAGAGCCUUCCACAAAGCGGCCUUUCCCAGGAAGCUGCCGACAGGUCUAAGACCUGCUGUGUCACACGGCUUGGACCUCAACCUGGCAAAUGGGGAAGACUCCAGAGGAACUGUGGCAGUAGAGGGAAUCUAACCUGAUCCAGCUUAUCCCCCACUAGGAGCAACCUUUUGAGAUCACAACAGCUCACACAGGCAACCAAACAAAGAUCUUGCCACUACUGUGAUGCUGUUCUAAAGCAGCACAAGUAAAUAUGGUGUUACCUCGGGGGUGGGGGAGAUAACUGGAGGCAGAUUUCUGAGGUGAUAUUUGCACCCCUAGCCAGGCUGGUUUCACCAACCCCUAGGUAUGCCUCUGCACAUGUACAAACACAUAUAUUUAUAUUUGAGAGCCAGCGCAGCAUAGUGGUUAGAGCACCAGACUACUAGGACCUGGGAGACCAGGGUUUGAAUUCCCACUUGGCCAUGAAGCUCACUGGGUGACCUUACAUUUCAGCAGGU